CAGUUUUGCGGAGAUCGGCGUGUGAAUAGUUGCCACGAAUUGUGAAAUACGCACAUUCCAGAACAUUUAUUGACUCCAAAACGUAAUAGGUGCGCGGUAUUAAAAAUAGCUUUACGAAAACGAGUGGGUUUGAAUUAGUUGAAAAAAAAAAAAACACUGAUAAUGUCUAGAAGUAUAACUAUCAACGGUGAUUGCCAUGCAGUGAACCUGGCAACUCUGCCCGCUGACAUCAGCCUGAACACUUUUAUACGGGAGCAUGCCGGUUUAACGGGCACCAAAUUCAUGUGCCAAGAGGGAGGAUGCGGCGUCUGCGUUUGCGCCCUGAGUGGCAUAAAUCCGGAAACGGGUGAACUAUGCACAUGGGCGGUCAACUCGUGCCUGACGCUGCUGAACAGCUGUUUGGGUCUGAUAGUGACCACAUCAGAGGGGUUGGGGAAUAAACGGAAGGGCUACCAUGCCAUACAGGAGCGUCUGGCCAAGAUGAAUGGCACUCAGUGCGGCUACUGUUCACCGGGAAUGGUGAUGAAUAUGUAUGCACUGCUCAAGUCCAAGCAUGGUCAAGUCACCAUGGCUGAGGUGGAGAAUGCAUUUGGUGGCAACAUUUGCCGCUGCACCGGCUAUCGACCCAUUCUGGAUGCCAUGAAGUCCUUUGCAGCCGACAGCAAUAUUGAGGUGCCAGCGGAAUGUGUUGCGGACAUUGAGGAUCUGAGCAGGAAACAGUGCCCAAAAACAGGCGAACUCUGUGCCGGCACCUGCAAGCAAAAACAUGGCGUACAGCUCUAUGACGACGGCAGUCGGUGGUCCUGGCCACAGACACUGCCGGAGCUCUUCGAAGCACUCCAGGUGGCUGGCAAGGAGCAGCUACCCUAUAUGCUAGUGGCAGGCAACACGGCGCAUGGCAUCUACAGGCGUAGUGCAGAGAUUAAGGCGUUCAUCGAUGUUCGCUCCGUUCCGGAGCUGAGAGGUUACAAUUUAAAGGAUGGCCUUCUCACACUGGGCGGCAAUCUGAGUCUCAGCGAGACAAUGGAUAUAUGCCGCAAGCUGGAGCAAACUAGCGGAUUCGAGUAUCUGGCGCAGGUCUGGCAACAUUUGGACUGGAUUGCCAACGUGCCAGUGCGCAAUGCUGGCACUCUAGCUGGUAACUUGGCCAUUAAGCACGCACACCCCGAGUUCCCCUCCGAUGUGUACAUUGUGCUGGAGGCCUUAAAUGCCAAGGUCAUCGUUCAAGAGUCGGCGGAAAAGCAGCUAACGUUGACUCUGGACAGCUAUUUGAAGCUGCCAAUGCUGGGUAAAAUCCUUCGUGCAAUUCUUCUGCCCGCCUACUCAAAGCAGAAUGUACUAUUUGAUUCGUAUAAGAUCAUGCCACGUGCCCAGAAUGCACAUGCCUAUGUGAAUGCCGCAUUUCUGCUGGAACUUGGAGCGGAGUCGCAGGUGAAAAGUGCUCGCAUUUGCUUUGGCGGCAUUCGUCCGGACUUUGUGCAUGCGACGGCCAUCGAGGAGCUGCUGCUCGGACGCAAUCCCUUCGACAAUGCCUGGUUGGAGCAGGCGUUCGCCAAACUAUCGACGCUGCUGCAGCCGGAUGAGGUGCUUCCGGAUGCAUCGCCAAUCUAUCGACGCAAGUUGGCCUGCGGUCUGUUGUACAAGUUUCUGUUGAAGGCAGCCACGGAGAGGAAGAAGGUGAAGGUAAGCAGUCGCCAUUUAAGUGGCGGCUCCUUGCUGCAGCGUCCUGUGUCGAGUGGCAAGCAGAGCUACGAAACGCACGAACAGCACUAUCCGGUUACGAAGCCAACGGAGAAGCACGAGGGUUUAAUACAGUGCUCGGGUGAGGCGACCUAUGCCAACGACCUGCCCACCCAGCACAAUCAGCUGUGGGCGGCCUUUGUGACGGCGAAGCGAGUGGGCGCCCAGGUUAGCAAGGUGGACCCAACAUCGGCGCUGGCCUUGCCCGGCGUGGUGGCUUAUGUGGAUGCCAAUGAUAUACCGGGACCAAAUUCGUUGCGUCCCAAGGCUACGGACGAGCACUUCUUUCCGCAGGAGGAGCAAAUCUUUGCCACCGGUGAAAUCAAGUUCUACCAACAGCCCAUUGGAUUGCUGCUGGCGACAUCCAACGAGUUGGCUCAACGCGCCGCCGAGCUGGUGGAGCUGACAUAUGUGGGUGGCGCCGAACAGGUGCUGCCCAGCAUGAUGCAUGUACUGCAGUCGGCAGCUGCUGCAUCCAGUGACCGGAUUAAGCACACAGUGAAAUCAAUGCUUGAUAAAUUGGACUUACAGGAGUCAUACGAGAUUCAGGGUACGGGCAAAUUGGAUUUGGGUUUGCAGUAUCAUAAUUUUAUGGAGCCGCAUACGACGGUGGUGCUACCGUUCGAGGGCGGUGUACAGAUGUAUGUGGCCACACAGUGGAUGGAUCUCACUCAGGAUGUCGUCGCCAAGGCUCUUAAUCUGAGGAGCAAUGAGGUGCAGGUGAAGACCCGUCGCAUUGGGGGCGGAUAUGGUGGCAAGGCGACACGCUGCAAUCUUGCUGCUGCUGCUGCAGCGGUUGCAGCCCACAAACUGAAUCGUCCAGUGAGGUUCGUACAAUCGCUGGAAUCGAUUAUGACAACGACAGGCAAGCGUUGGUCCUGCCACUGUGACUAUGAUUUCUAUGCGCAGGCAAAUGGUAAAAUUGCUGGCCUAAAUUGUCGCUUGUAUGAGGAUGCCGGCUAUUUGACCAGUGAAUCGCCCAUGGGGCAUGCGGUGCUUUUGUCAAAGAAUUGUUACGAGUUCGGUGAUAACUAUAAGUUAGAUGGCUUUAUAGUAGUCUCCGACUCGCCCAGUAAUACGGCGUGCCGUGCUCCGGGCUCCGUAGAGGGCAUUGCCGUGAUUGAGAAUAUCAUUGAGCAUAUUGCGUUUGCAACGGGCAACGAUCCGGCGGAUGUGCGCUAUGCCAACAUCUUGCCGGCGCACAAAAUGGGCGAAAUGAUGCCCCGAUUCCUGGAGAACAACAGUUAUCGGGAGCGCCGCGCCGAGAUCAUUGCUCAUAAUAAGGAGCAUCGUUGGCACAAGCGCGGCUUGGGCCUGGCUAUCAUGGAGUAUCAGAUUGGAUACUUUGGACAGUUUCCGGCCACGGUGAGCAUUUAUCACAGCGAUGGUACCGUUGUCGUCGCCCACGGAGGCAUCGAAAUGGGUCAAGGCAUGAACACAAAGAUCGCUCAGAUUGUGGCUCACACGUUGGGCAUUGCCAUGGAGCAGGUGCGCAUUGAGGCGAGCGAAACGAUUAACGGUGCCAAUUCGAUGGUCACUGGUGGUGCUGUGGGAAGCGAGUCGGUUUGCUUUGCAGUGCGCAAGGCGUGCGAGACACUCAAUUCCCGACUGGAGCCGCUCAAGGCGGAGCUGAAGCCGGCGGACUGGCAACAGCUGAUCAACGAGGCAUAUAAUCGCAAGAUCAACUUGAUAGCCAGUGACCAGUGCAAACAGGGCGAUAUGGAACCGUAUUCGGUAUGUGGACUGGGCCUCAUCGAGGUGGAGCUGGAUGUGCUAACUGGCAACUAUCUGAUUAAUCGGGCCGACAUCCUGGAGGAUACGGGCGAGUGCUUGAAUCCUCACGUGGACAUUGGCCAGAUCGAGGGCGCCUUUUCGAUGGGCCUAGGCUACUGGACCAGUGAGCAGAUUGUUGUCGAUCCGAAAACGGGCGAGUGCCUGACAAACCGCACCUGGAAUUAUAAGCCGCCGGGUGCGAAAGAUAUACCCAUUGAUAUGCGCAUCGAGAUGCUGCCCAAGAGCUCCAACAAGGCUGGCUUCAUGCGAUCAAAGGCUACUGGUGAGCCAGCUAUUUGCCUGGGCGUAGCAGUCGCCUUUGCCCUGCAGCAGGCCCUGCAAUCUGCCCGAGAUGAUGCCGCUCUGCCAAAAUCGUGGGUGACCCUAAAUGCUCCAAUGACGCCGGAGUUGCUUGUUCUGCAUGCCGGCACCGAACCAGGUCAGCUCAAGCUGUGAUAAGACCACAUACCUAACUGAACUCAGCUCCCAUCCACCGUAAUGAAGAGCAAUUCAAAAGCAGCGCGUGAGAUGCGGCACGUGGCCACAAGAACCCAGUAAUGCGAAUGCGCCGAUAAUCACAAGCUAUAUAAAUAUAUAUAUAUAUAAUAUAUAUGUAUGAUAUGAUAUAAGAGAUAUGUAUAUAUUUAUGCAUAGAGCACACCUUGCUUUUUGUUUUUAAUGCACAAUAAAUUAGAAACUUAUCCAAGUCAAAUCCAAAUGACAUUCAUUGCACACUGCUAGAGGGCUGUCCUGAGAGGUCAACGGCUAUCUAGCAAUUGUCGAAAAUAUGGGACAGAUUGAUCUCCCUUAGAAACUUUCAGUCAAAAAUCAAUUUAUUAUUUAUAUUGAGAGCAAUGCAUAUUUAUUACUCGGCGUGUAAAAUACAGCUUAUUAAAAUUGUUUAUAUUAAUUUAUUUAUUCUUUUUUGUUGUUAAUGUUUGACACCUUUACAGUCCCCAGCCCUGUUUGCGAGGUAUCUCAUUAAUUUUAAAAACAUUUUUGUAAAUAAAUUGUAUGCCAUA